GUCUCUGGUUAUUGUGGCCUCCUAAUCGGAAGUCCUAUAAUUUUGUACGAGAUCAUAGCAUUUGUUCUCCCUGGUUUAACCAAGGAUGAGCGGAAAUUCCUAGGGCCCAUUGUUUUGGGUUCUUCAGUUCUGUUCUACCUUGGCAUUUUAUUCUCCUACACUGUUCUUGCUCCAGCAGCAUUGAACUUCUUCGUGAAUUAUGCCGAAGGAGCGGUGGAAUCGAUAUGGUCAAUAGACCAGUACUUUGAGUUCGUACUUGUGCUUCUGUUCAGCACAGGAUUAUCUUUUCAGGUCCCUGUGAUCCAGCUGUUGCUGGGGCAAGUUGGACUGGUUUCCAGCGAACAAAUGCUCUCAAUCUGGAGGUAUGUUGUUGUUGGUGCGGUGGUUGCUGCGGCUGUGCUUACGCCCUCGACUGAUCCCUUGACUCAGAUGCUUUUGGCGGGUCCACUGCUUGGUCUGUACUUGGGUGGUGCGUGGAUGGUCAGGCUAACUGGGCGCUAACUGCAACAAGCGUUGUAGUGAUUGGGUAUUGUGUUAGUGUACUACUAGAAAUCAUAGCCGUGUUGAUUGGUCCAAGUGGUCACCGUCCCCCACUGUAACAUAGUCUUGUAUAAAAUUAAUUCGGCUGCUUCUCAUCUACGAGCACAUUAUUUGGCCCUCUUC